UCAACAUCGCGCCGAUCGAGGCGUUCCUGCCGGCGGUAUCGCCAGAGCCCUGCCCCCCAGACAAGAUCCGGUUGUUCCUGCCUGGGGAGCAGUUCACGGGUCGUGGCCCGCGCAGCCCCCGUCGGAGCUCGCUCAAGAGUUGGCUCCACUUUUGUGAGGAAGGUCUGCAGAGCCCACGGAGCCGCAAGCGGUCCGAAGACAGCCAGGCAGCUGGCUGCUGUGACUGCCCCACUCCUGAGGCCGCACACUCGGACUGCACCUGCGACUGCCAUCACCACUCUCCCGGGAGCAGCUCUCUGAGCAGCCCCGAGCACGCCUCCUAGAGCACAUCCCGCAACCGGUAGUAUUAGGAGAUGAAUUUCCUCAAAAAGAAAAUCAAGGGCCACAAGCGAGGAGGCCCCGAGAGUGACGAGGUUGAAGCGGCCAUCUAUGCCAAGCAGCUAGCCGAGGGUCAGCAGCCACAGCAGCCGCCGCCAGAAGCCAAGGAGCGCACCGGCGAGGAGUGGCGCUUCUUUGAGCAGCUGACGCAGCGUGUCCAGGAUACUGUGCAGAAGACCCAAACGACCCUAAGCAAGAUAAAAGAGAGCUCUGCCAUCACUGAACUCACUCGGCCCGACUACUACCUCGAACCGGCCGCCGCACCUCCCGAACCUGCCAGCCCGGCCAGGUCGUGGGUGAACUUUGAAGAGAGCGAGGGUGCAGAAGCACCGGGGCCACCGGCGGGGCCCUCAGAGCCAUCUAACGAACCGGUUGGGGAUCAGGUGAAGGACCUUGUGAGUGAGCCGGAAGUUGAACUUGUUAGCGAGCCAGUUUGUUCCCCGCCGGAAGCUCACGCGAUCGGUGAGGAAGACCAGGCCAGGAAGCUCCUCGAAGAGUUUGGUUUUGGCAUUGAGGAACCACCCGCACCUCCACCUUCAAACGCAGCCCACCUUGACCUGCUGAGUGGCUUUGGGGUCGAGGAACCACAGCCCUCUGAAGCCCUUCACGUAGACGUUAGUGACCCCUUUGACACGUCAUUCGUUGACACACUUGCAACAAGCACUGAACCUGACCCCUUUGACACUUCGUUUGUGGACAGCUGCGUUGCUGCCAAGAAGGUACCACCUGUUGAAGCGAACGGCAGCGAAGCCAGCCCUGAAAUGAGCAACCCAUUUCUCACCGAUGUGUCCGCGACGACCGGUGAAAGCCUCUUCAGCACUGGCGACACUGGUGACGUUGCACCCGACGUUCCCAACUUUUUUUCGAGUUCGCGCCGGUCGAGCACAAACCCUUUUGACAACCUCGAGGAAGACUUGGCAUUCUUUCAGGCCACCUUGGUGGGCGCAGCGGAAGCAGACUCGACUCAGCGGGAAACUAGUGAGCUUUUGCAGGACAUUGCGGCAACAUUUCCAUGCGACUACGAGGAAGCCACGCCCCAAUCCUUUGAACGGGGAUCCCUUUAAGUGAGUGAAACUGAGCAGCAGCAGCCUAUGCCUGACCUGUUUGCAGGUGAGCCUAAACUGGCAGGGGUGGUUCCAGAUGCCUUCCAGUUAGCCUUUGGCAAGGCCAGCUUUGACAGAAGCCUGUCGCCCGACAAGUGCGGACUGUCGAGCGGUGCCUUCGUCGACACGUCUCCAGAAGAAGCCGGAGGCUCACCUGCUGAACCUGUCGGCUCGUUCGAUCCUUUUUCGGACCUCAGCCGAGAAAGCCAAGAGCCCAUUCCAGCUGCCCUGGCCAGCAUCACACCAGAGAGAGAGGAUGUUAGCCCAUUCGAAAUUGCACCCAGUGACAAACAGAAACAACCGGCUGCAACCGACGGCAAAGCCGAGCUGUUUGCAGACUUUGGAACCAACGAAGUGCCACCUGCGUCUGCAGAGUGCGAUUUUUUCGGCAAAGAUUCAGGUGCUUCUUCAGCUGUGAUAGCUUCUGAUGACCCGUUUUGUUCGGGCAGUGUUGCUUCUGCAGCAGUAAGUGGCGACCCAUUCGAUUCAAGCAGUGUGACCGCUGCACCCAAAACAACGCGUGAGGACAUCUUUGGGACGAGCAGUUUAAGUGGCUCGGUCGCAACCGGAAGUGACCCCUUUCACACCACUGAUGUCACUGCCACUAAGCCUGUGGUGAGUGAUGGUCACGACCUAUUUGAUACAAGUGAUGCAGCUGACCCUGCAGCAGCCGUCACCAACAGCUUCGGCAGUAUCUGUGUUCCUGCCGGGUCGGCGAGUGACGACCCAUUCCAAACUAGCAGUACUGCUUUUUCGGCCUUGGCAGGUGGCAACGGCUUGUUCGACUCGAGCGACAUUCUGUCUGCGACAGGAGCGGCAAGCGGUGAUCCCUUCAGUGCUAGCAACAUUGAUGCCACUGUUCACCCAUCCGGUGCAGACCCGUUUGACACCAGUAACAUUCAACUCGAGCCUGCAAAAAAUGCUGUCCCCUUCACAGACACUGCCGCCUUCGAAGCAUUUGCAGCGAAGUUUGAGCAAGCCAUCGAAAAGUUUGAAGAUGCCACCCUGGCUCCUGCAUUUGAGGAGCUUGACCAGCAGUCGGCACAGGAAGACGGCGAUGACGCAGGCUUCGACAGCAUGGACAUUUUUGAUCCUUUUGCGGCCAAGGCACCGCCUCGUCCCAAGGCAUCUCCAAGAGCUCCCGUCAAGGAAGCCUCUCAAGACUCGUUUGACGAUGAUGAUGCCGGGCCAGACCUGUCAGUUGUCAUCCGGCCCAAAAUGCGGGAGGCUGCUGCACCGGACGCGAUCAGCCUCGAGCCGCCGCCCAAGCUGCAGCCGCCGCCGAAGUCGCCCGUGCGGUCCCGGUUUAAUCCUUUCGACCGAGGCGCAGCGAUCCGUGAUGAGCCGGUGGUCGACGAAGUGGGGCCCACGCCGGCAUUGGGUGAGGCGGCGGCCAUGCAGCGUGAGUCGGCAGAGAGCCCAUCGACGCCUCUGUUCGACGAGGACACAUCUCAGCCACUCGAGGAGUUUAGGCCCAAGUUUGAGGGUGACGGCUGGGAGAUGAUGUUGCGGCAUCCAAACAAGAAAAAGAUCACGGGAAACCGCUACUGGAAGAAAGUGUUUGUGCGCAUGACAGAGCAGAAUAUCCUGUACUUGCAUAACAGCAGGGAGGACGCCGACCCUUUUCAGGAGGUUCCACUCCAGGCCUGCUACUCAUUGUCCGAGAUGGGUGCCCAGCAGUUUGACGCCUAUGGCAAAAUCUUCACGGUGAAGCUGCAGUACGUGUUCUACAGGGAGCGGGUGGGUGUGCGUCCGGGCCAGAUCUCCAAGGUGAUGCAGGGCCAGAUCACGAGCGUAGGCCAGUUUGCCAAGCUGGGCCUGCCCCUGGAGCAUGCACCCCAGGUCUCGCAGCUCCUCAAGUUGGGCACCCAGAGCUGCGAAGACCUCAAGAGCUUCAUUCAGGUCGUGGAGGAUGCCUUGUUCCGGCUACAGAUCCACCGAGAUCGAGCGCUCACGUACAAGACGGAAGAGAUCCAGGUGACAGUGCAGGACGAGUUCAUUGUCGAGCAGGACAAGACGGGACACGUUUGCCAACAGAAAGCCCGCGUACGAGUCUUCUUCAUCGCAUUUGUUAGUGGGAUGCCAGACAUCGAGGUGGGCAUCAAUGACCUGACCCGGCAGGGCAAGGAAGUUGUGGGUCGCUACGACAUCAUGCCCGUCGUCACCGAGGAGUGGAUCCGCCUGGAAAACUGCGAGUUCCACUCGUGCGUCCUCCAGGAGGAGUUUGAGAACAACCGCAUCAUCAAGUUGCACCCUCCCGAUGCCUGCCUCUUCGAAAUGAUGCGGUUUCGGAUACGACCGCCAAAAGCCCGGGAGCUGCCAUUGCAGCUGAAGGUUGUGAUGCGGGUGUCGCCGAGGCACGUGGAACUUCGUGCGGAUGUCCUGGUGCCUGGCUACCACAGCCGCAAGCACGGCCAGGUGCCCUGCGAGGAUGUGCAAAUCCGCUUCCCGAUUCCCGAGUGCUGGGUCUACCUUUUCAGGGUGGAGAAGCACUUCCGAUACGGUGCCCUGAAGUCAGCUGCCAGGAGGCCCGGAAAGAUAAAGGGCUUGGAACGGAUCAUGGGCACUGCCCAGCCAUUGGAGACCAGCCUCAUAGAAGUUUCGACGGGGCAAGCCAAAUAUGAACAUGCCCACAAGGCAGUUGUAUGGCGCAUUCCUCGGUUGCCCAAGGAGGGUCAAGGUGCCUACACAAGCCAACUGUUCCUGCUUCGUCUAGACCUGACCUCUUUCGAUCAGAUCCCCGCCUCGUUCGAGCAACACGUCUUCGUUGAGUUCACCAUGCCGGCGACCAGUGUGUCGCAUACCACGGUGCGUUCUAUCUCAGUGUCCAACGAGAAUCCUCCCGAAAAGUACGUCCGCUACUUGUCCAAACACGAGUACCGGGUGGAAAUAGAGCUACAAACGGGGGAAGUGCCCCCGUCAGAGACUGAAAUCUCUAGUCUGGCCGCCGUAGCCCAACAGGCCGGCCCAUAUGAGCCGCCGGCAGCCGCUACCGCCACCGCCGCCGCCACGAGCGACGACUCGGACUGAGUGUGCUGCCGCAGUGCUGCGCAUGUGUCGCUGCUCCCUCGGCUGCCCCUCGCGUGUGGGGGCGCAGUGCCCUUAUCUAGUCAGCAAUGUAUGUCAAGUGUUCAGUCUUCUGUGCUACGCACACAAAUGAUGUGUUCCUGUUGAAAACAAGAAAGAAUUUUAAGACCCCGUUUUCUUCUCGUGCAUGUAUUAUUGACACUUCUUUGUUUUGGAGUUUUUUGUUGACUCUGUACACUACCGCUACAACCACUGGCUGCUGUCAACUCUGUGAUCGCUUGGUAACAUUUGCCACCUCGUUGAGAAACCUGCAGCGGCCGUUAGCUGGUUCACAUGCUGCCUACCCGCCACGGGUAGCGGGCCGUUUUGAUCGCUUGGCCGAGCCACAUUGGCUGCCUGGAAGAAAGGAGAUGCCCUCUUCCUGUGCUGUCGACCGUGUCGGCCGCGCAGCUGAUGGCGAAACCACUUAACCUGCUGGUCGGGCUCGAAGCCUGGUAGAAGAGAGGAUCUUGGUGUCUGCUGUAGGUGAUGUGGCACUCUCUGCAAAUAAAUGCCUCGGCUGUUGCAGCUGGCUAUGGAGCGACCAAGUCAUAUGUUGCAUGACUCUGUGUGUAUUCAUGGCCGGGAGGUGUAUGUGCACGUGGUGUGUCUGUAUGGGCACCGAUCAUUGCUGAAGGAAAAUAAAGAAGAAACACUUAAGCGCA